CACACGCAAACGCACUCGCAGGAGGCGUACAGCGAGGUUUCCGCUUCUCAGUUGGGCUUGAACCGCGACUCACGAAAAACACGGUGUGUAACGUAAAAGGUUGACGCACUAAGGUAAGAAAAAAAGAAAGAAGAAAUCAAAUCGAGCAACAACGAUGUCUGAAUCAAAGUACCGCGAGUGGAUCCUGGACACCAUCGACUCGCUGAGGUCUCGUAAAGCCCGGCCGGACUUGGAGAGGAUUUGCCGAAUGGUCCGGAGACGACACGGGUCCGAGCCCGACCGAACCUGCGCAGAACUGGAGAAACUGAUUCAGGAACAAACGGUUUUAAAAGUUAACUACAAGGGCUCAAUUUCAUACAGAAACGCCGCCAAGGUUCAGCGCAGAAGCAGGAAAAAAGACGAUGCAACGUUAACGACGGCUGCGAGACGGAGCACGGUGGAAGAAGCCAGUCAUUCUGACUUGAGCAACGGGGACAGCGCUUUCGGUCCUGUGGACCAGGACGACGAGGAUCUGGAGGCUGACACAUCUGUGGCAAUGGACACAGACAGUAAUGCAGAUGAGGAGGGGGCUGAUGAGAGCCGGGAUGGUCAGGACCAACCCUCUCCUGGCCGCACCGAUGAAGAUGCCUCUGUGCACUGUUCCACUGUGCGAGCUGUCUCUGCGCCUUGCUCCCCCUCUGGCACCCGGCCUGGCUCCGGCCCCGGCUGCAGCCCUGCCCUGGGUCUGGACUGUGUCUCUUUCCAGAAGGUUGGUGAGAGGCCCAGCUCCUUGCCCCCAUCCAGCCCCAGGGCCCUCACACACAAUGACUGGGCCUAUCAUUCUGCUGUCUGCCCAGUGGAGCGCCAGCACCCAGGAAUGCAGAGAGACAAAGCAGCAGCCACAAAGCCAGCAGUCCUGUCUGUAACUACCAGCCCCAUUGCUUUAAAGAACAAUGUGAAGAAGGAAGAAGGAGGCAAGGCAGAGGACAGUGGCAUUUCAGCUGACCAGUUGGUACCAGACUAUGCAGCAGGGCUGCAGGACGAGACAAAGAUUGUAUCUGAUGGAAGACCACAGCCGCUGUCUUUGCCAUCUGACAAAUAUACGUUUAAGAAUAAGAUGGAUACAUCCUCCUUCACAGCAGUCAGCGGAGACGGUCUCCUGAAUGGGGCUAAAGGAGACGGAGUCUCUGUGAAGAAGGAGAAGGUUAGCCAGAACUUGUUGCAGUGGACUGUGGCAGAUGUGGCCAGUUACUUCACAGCUGCAGGCUUUCCAGAGCAGGCUGUGGCUUUUCGAUCACAGGAAAUUGAUGGGAAGUCCCUUCUCCUAAUGCAGCGCAGCGACGUGUUGACUGGUUUGUCCAUCCGACUGGGCCCUGCCCUCAAAAUCUACGAGCGCCAUGUCAAGGUGCUGCAGAGGACCCACUUUCUGGAAUGUGAAGACCUCUAAAGCAAUGACGCAUAAUAGAGACAGAGAGACAGACAAUGCUGAAAUGACUCGAACGUGCAUGCAGUGCCCCCUCCCAUCUGGAUCCUACCACCCCCCUUCAUAAACAGACUAUGUAGAGGGUGCGUGGAGGGGGAAGGCUGCGGUGGAAUUAACUUUUCACUGUGAGAAUGACCAGAUACUGAAAGACACUCAUCCUACCUCUCAUUAUGGUCUUUGGUAUUCAAAUGGUUUUCAUUUCACCUGUGUGGCUGUUCCAUUGCUUUGUCAAAGACAGCAAUGUUCCUAGUGUGUUGUAAAACGGAGGACCAAUGACUUUUCUGCAAGUGCCAGCCAUUGAUAAGGAAUCUGUUGAAUGGGGACCGAGCCUUGCACAAAUUGGACCACCGACGGGACUUACAUUCCCACAAAGAUGUGAAUGCAUACAGCUGGGAGCAAACUGUGCAGACGUUUUGGGUCCAUGAGAAAAUGUUGGUUCCCGGUGGCUCUAUAAUUCCUCCAUGCAUUCUUGUUUUUGUCUAUUACGGUACCAUCUAUUUUGUCUAGAUAGUGUUGUAAGUCACACAGAUAAAUGUUGAGCACAUUUAAUGUGCUUUCAUCUUUUUCUCAAGUGAGAGAAUGAAUGAAAUGUCAUCAAAGUGCUGGUGUCUGCAAAGCUGCAUCGAAAGUCACCAGGACUCUGAUAUUCCUGACUUAUCAUGUCACCAGAAGCUGCUGAUGUUGAAUGAUGUCUUCAGUGUCUCUGAGAUGUAAGCAAUAUUAUCUAAUACUACCUGCUGGCAAGGCAAUAUGGUUCAUUUUCCCCUCUUUAAAAAAAUCCUAUUUAGAUUUGACUUUGGUCCAACUUAGUACAUUUUAGGGAACAUCUGCAGAAAGAUGAGACUUUUGAAGCCGAAUGGAAUUUACAUUCACACAUAAGCAAAAUCAAUUAAUACACUUGGGAAACAGUUCAUAUAAUAGUGGAUAUAUGAUUUUAAAAUUGAAUACAGCUGCUCAGUGCUUGUUUACAGAGCAGAUACCUUGAUCAUAUGCAAUAUUUUAUGUUAUCAUCCAUGUCCAGUGUUUUUUUUUGUGUGUUGAUGUUAGUCUCGAUUUGGAACAUUCCAUGAUGUAGUCUUUUCUAAUGUAUCUCUUUUCAUUUUUAUCUGUAACAUUAGAACUUCUUCCAGAGUCACAAAUAAAGCCUGUGCCUCCCUGUUCA